AUGAGCCCUGAGACUCUCAGUGUCCAGUGUGAUCCUGGCUACAGGAUGAUCGGCUCCCCGAGUAUCUCUUGCUCAGAGAACAAAUCCUGGAGCCCAAAAGUGCCCAAGUGUGAGAGGGAAGUCCCUGGAGAUCGUGAAAUCCUCCUGGCAGGCCAAAACCUUUUACAAUGUCUCCCAAGUGCUUGGGACUCAAAAACGGCCCUGGAGAUACAGAAACUUUCUCUGGAGAUUGGAAAACUAGAGCAAGAGAGAGACAAAGGUGUUAAUAUUUAUUUAGAAGAUAUUUACAUUUGUAGCUGGGCCAGCUUGUCGCAGCCCCACCCUAGCAGCGCAGGACUGUGGACUGGAAGUCACAGUGUCCAGUCGCAGCGUCCAGAGCCUGCCUGCUCUUCCCCUCCCGCAGAGAACCCUACUUCUCAAGUCUUGGGCCCCAACCAGGCCAAAGCAACUGGGAAAGCCUCCGCCCUGGUCCUGCCCCACACUUGUUUGAGCAACAGUCUGCUUUGCCCCACCCAGUUAGUGACUGAAACUCAGCCCCGCCCACGGCCAGAGUUAACUCUGGCUCAGCGGCUUACCAAGGCUUGUUUCAGCCCACUUGUUGCUGCAGAUGCCUCCGAGUGCUGGACUGCGUCCCUGUUGCCACACGCAAUGAGCCCCAAGUGGCAGAGCGCCCCUGCAGUGCUGCACCUCUGUGGGGGGCUGCUCCUGCUGCUGCUCCUGUUGAACACGCCGCCCGUGCGCAGUGACUGCAGCCCACCCCCAGAUAUGCCUAAUGCGACACCAGUUUUGAAAGGUGUUACAACUUUUCCUGUUGACAAGACGGUGUAUUACUCAUGCAAUCAAGGGUACCUCAGAAUUCCAGGAACAACACACACCAUUCAAUGUCUCCGUGACAAUACAUGGCUAAAAAUAGAUCCAAACUUCUGUGGUCGGAGCUGUCCGUCUAUACGCAAACUCGUGUAUGCAACCCUCAAAAAGAUUUACAUCCCUCUGAGUUACUACCCAGUAGGUACAGUCGUGGGUUUUGACUGCGCCCCAGGUUACGAACGGAUCCCUUCUAAGUCCGCGGAAGUAACUUGCCUUGCUAAUUAUACAUGGUCCAACCCUGAUGUAUUUUGUAAAAAAAAACCAUGUGCUCAUCCUGGAGAAUUAAAAAAUGGCUAUAUCAAUAUAACAGAUGGCCUAUUACUUGCUUCACGCAUUGUCUUCUCAUGCAACCUGGGAAAAUACAACCACCACCACCGGCACAACAGCUGCUUCAACACCGACCGUUCCUGCUUCUACUACAAAGCCCCCAACAACUCAGAAAUCCACCUCAUCAAAUCCUCCAGGGCAGCUGCCAAAGAGAGUCCUGUUUCAGGAACAACACAAAAACCACCUAUUUCUAAUGCUCUGCCUGCAAAUACCUCACCAGCAGCACAGAGUCCCACCAUGAAAAAUGCUUCUGCUGCUCAGGCCACCCCAUCCACCCAAAGUGCCUCCACAGUCAAAGCUUCCUUUACACAGAGACUUCCAACAACACAAAGAUCCACUGGGAUACAUGUUCCAGGUACUAAGGGGCAUCAGACUACACGAACCUCUGCCCCUUUAACAACCACUCGGGGUGUAGCUGUUCCCAGGGCAACCACACGUUUUCAUACAACAAGCACAGCUAAAGGAAGAGGAACACUUUCUUCUUCAGGUCAAUAG